AUGAACAAAUCUCUGGGAUAUCUAGAAGCAGAAGCCAACCGUGACGCAGACAGCACAACCAACGGAAAACCCCCAGGAUCCCAAACUAUCUCGCUGGAAUAUAUUCCACCUCCUUCCACUCUCGUCCAGCAGGAAUCCGUCGAAUACUCCACUCUUCCGGCUCGAUAUACACCACAGGCCGGUGCGACUCACAGUCCCGAUGCCCCAGAUCCAGCCAUCGUGUCGCUCUCCUUCCCCAGAUCGGAAUCAAAGACUCUUCCAGGAUCCGAGUCCGGGACAGACGAUGGUGGAGUCGUGGCGGCUGUCGCUACUGCUGUUACCGUCGCUGCUGCUCGAGCUCGAACUGCUACUACUGCUACUGCUGCUGGUGCUGGUGCUGGUGCUGAUGCUGCUGCCACGCCGGUGAUGAUGAUGCCGAGGACGCGGAACUGA